CUCUGUGAUAUGUUGUGGAUCCUCUCUCACUCCACUGGCUUUCAGCACGACUCCUUCAAAAUAUUCGGGACACACAAAAGGAUCUUUACUAUCUCAUACGCACACAGAAGUCUGUUUAGGACCCAGUCCAGCAGACAGACACUUCUAUCUGUAUGUCAAUGGCAGUCUGGACCAAAGAAUGUGCUUUAAACCUCUUCAGCUUUCCUGUCCGCUGCUCAAAGCUGAGAUUCUGCAACCUCUGAAGAGAUUAGAAGCAAUGAAGGUGUUUUGUGUUGUUUAACUGUUUAGGUAGCCAUAAGCCAUAAAACCUUAAGAGCUGAGCUGAGGCACUGUGCUAGGAUGGGAGGAAAGAAAUCGAAGGAACCCACAAGCAAGGACAUGAAACUUGUAGUAAGAAAGAGCAGAGCCUGUGAGGAAAACCUGACAUCAUCCGACAAAAUCCGCAAGCACAUUGUGAUGCAAUUUGGUUACAGGAUGCUGAGCUUGGCUCGACAAGGUAUGAUUGCACCUCCUGAGGAACUAUGGGGGCUCACAGAACUGCAGAAGCUUAAUUUGUCUCUGAACUGCUUAUGUUUCUUGCCUUCCUCUGUGGCUCUCCUUCAGAACCUGGUCGUACUUAAUUUGUGGGGUAACCAGCUCACCAGUCUGCCCCUUGAGAUUGGGCAACUCAGGAACCUAAAGGUGCUCUUUGCAUACCACAACCACCUGACUGAUGUCCCUGAGGAGCUAGGUUCCUGUACCAAGCUGGAGGUCUUGAGCCUGGCAAACAACCAGCUCACAAGUCUCCCAGAUAGUCUAUCUGCUCUCACGAACCUGCGGAAGCUCAACCUAAGCCACAACAAUAUCGUGUAUAUCCCAGUAUGUGUCUAUGCCAUGAAAAAGCUGGUUUUCUUGCAUGUGGCCCGCAAUAAGCUGGAGAACAUUGCGGAGCAUAUCCAAGCGCUGACUGAUCUAAAGAUCCUCAUUGUGGAAGAGAACUGCAUUCACUGUCUGCCAAAGAUGCUCUGCUGUCUGACUAAGUUAGAACUGCUCAAUGUGGAUUAUAAUGACAUUCAGAACGUUCCUGCUGAAAUGCACCAACUGAACAGGCUGGGGAAACUAGCUUCACACCCACUGGAUAAAGGACUCCAUAUCGUGCAUAACCCUCUGCUCAAGCCAAUUAAAGAGGUCUUAGAUGGAGGUCUCCAAGCUCUUUAUAACUACCUCAAGGCCGAAUGAUAUGCUGUGCUGUGAGAGCUUAAAUGUGGACUAUUUGAUUGUUUGGACUAUUUUUCUUUUAGGGCCACUCAUAACUAUUUGCGAAUCCAUAAAUUGCUCAAGUUAGCUAAUGGAGUUUUACACUGCUUUAUUAAGAAAACAAAAAAGACAAUUAUCACUAACAUCUUUAUUAGGAAGACCAAAAUCAAGAAAAUGAAAACGAACACAAAUGUACAAUUAAUAUACUUAAUGUUAUAGGGACUAAUGGUAGAAGCAAAAGAAUAUAAACAGAUAACACAAACCUCCCAGCAAAGAGGAGAACAGUAUGUAAGCGCUUACCGGCUUGGUUAUUAAAGUGUAAAAAAGAUCCCUCUGAGUAUGUGAAGGUUGCUGAUACUGAAAUCUUUUCAUUCUGCAGUGCCAGGACUUGAGGGCACGUUUAAGGUUCCCAGGAGCAUGUUAAACAAAGGGCACCAGCUUGGCAGUUGUGCUACACAAGCACUGGACUUCUCCUUUUGUGCAGCACUGAGUUCAUUUGGAACUCUCUAUGUACCUGCUGACUCAGUCACGUUGACCCUUGUUGUCCACAAUCUUUUCUUGAAAGCCCCAAGAGAAGAAGAGAUGCAAUUAUAACUGGCCUCUACCAUUUUCUAUGAGUGUUGAAUGUGUAUUGGAGUGCAAAGCAGAGACAUUUCAAUUACUACAAAAGAAAGGCCAGUGGUGCAUCCUGUUGAAAAGUACGAGGCCUUUUAUUUGAAGGGCACUGAGCUUAUUUUCCCUAACAUUAUGUACUAUAUAAUUUCAGCAAGAACAAGAAGAAAAUCAGAAUCUUUUCAUAUAACUAGACAUCUAUUGCUGGUACAUCCAAGUAACAUAUAGUGGUUAUACUCAUAUGCUAUAAGCGUACGGCUCUUGCCAUAUUUUUAUAAAUUAACAUUUUAUUAUGUCAAAUAUAAUAAAGAUGGUGUAUUCAACCAAUCAGUUCAAUGAUUUCUUCAGGGUUAACUAUUUAACCGAUCGUUUUAACUCAGAUAUUUUAGUAAACGUCGCAUG